AUUAAAAUUCGUUUCGUUCAUUCACAUCUAUCCGAAAAAAUCAUAACCUCAAAGUAGAUAGAAUUAGAAAUUGUUAAAAACAGAAAUAAAUUAACUACUGACAAUCAUGAAUGGUGUAAGAAUUAUUAGGACCCUCCCACUGCAGUGGCGAUCAUUUUCACGAUGUGCAAUCCUCCGUCAAGAAGUUGCUCAAGCAGCAACUCCUCUGUCUAUUCCAGUACCGGAGGGAGUAGACAAACCUGUUUCCCCAAAAAUUGAGAAGAUUGUCUCUGAGAUCACGAAUCUAAACCUCCUUGAGGUGUCAGAACUUAGUCAGGUUCUUAAAAAGAGGUUGAAUCUUCCUGACGCACCUGUAAUGCCAAUGGGCGGGUUCGUUGCGGCGGCUCCUGCUGCUCAGGAUGAAGAGGAGGCUGCUUCUAAAGCUGUGAAAACUAGCUUUACUGUAAAACUCACCAAAUUCGAUGACAAACAGAAGGUGGCACUCAUCAAAGAGGUCAAAGGUCUCCUAGAAGGUUACAAUCUUGUUCAAGCCAAGAAGUUUGUUGAAAGCGUCCCCACAGUUGUCAAGGCUGAUGUGUCCAAAGAUGAAGCUGAAAAACUAAAGGAAGCUCUCAGCAAAGUCGGAGGCGUCAUAGAAAUAGAAUAGAUUGUUAUGUUAGGUUAAGUGUUUAGUAUGUAAAUUAUUUAGAGAAAUUACAAUAAAUAUAAAAAUGCAUUUCAAAUA